UGCCCAUCCCCCAUUUUUUGUGAUCAUCUCUAAAUUUUGAGUGGGCACUUGCCUGGGUAUUUUACAGUAUGUGUUUUCAAGAAUGUUGCUGUUUAUGACUAAGUUCACUGCUGCAAGUGAAAUAGGAACUGACUGCUGUCCAAGUUGGCACGCUGCCAUGCUCUGCAGAGGAGCCUACUAAAGUCGCAGAAGUUCCCUAUCAAUCGCCCAACAGUCAUACUAAGUUUUGCAGCUGUGGUUUAUACAAUCUGGUGCAUCAAGGCCUCCUAGCCAUGGCAUUAUGAAGGCAUAUCUCUGAACAUAUCCUGAAGGAUUUGAUCAUUAAAACCUCAGUCUUGGGUGUGGCAAAAGCAUUCAUCAUGGUCUACUCCAGUUAUUACCAAGUAAUUGUGGGCUAUGUGAAACCUUUUUUUUGUUGUUGCUUUAUUGUGUUUUGGGACACGUGAUAUGGCAGCUGCGACAGCAAGUGACCUCACUUCUGUUUCUUUGUCUCUCUAUUAUGGGUGACAUGAAGGUCUUAGAUUAGACUUGUGUUCUAGUUUCUAGUCACCAAUGCACUCUUUGUGUGGAUACCAAGUUUUGGUGGUUUCGUGAGAAAUUGUAAUGCGGUGUGCUGAGGCCUUAUCUAUGCCAUGAGGCAUUAUCGUUUUAUGACUUUCGAACGCCACAGGCAUGUGGGCCGUCUCGGACCAGCUGAGUGCACGCGCUGGCGCUUAAUUCUUGUGCACGGGUAGCUCGUGCGCGAGUCCGUAGACAGCCUCGCAGACUCUUCACAAGGCUGCCGGGUACCACAUUUUCCAGCGAACGCUGGAAAGACAGCCCACGUCGUCUCUUGACAUACGAGCGGCUUUUCGGCUGGCUUAAACAGCAGCGUAAGUAACAGGAUCACUGGGGCUUACAAGAACCCAUUUUCUACGCGUUCGAUAGAGAACAAAAUACGGUUGAUUUUGUGGUGCAGCCUCGCGCCUUUCUGCAUGCAGUUUCACGGUUCAAAAAUGUUCGUCGUUUUUACCACCUCUGAGGAGCUCUGACAUUAUCACGCAAGUUGUCCGAUAGAGAGCUCAAGGCACGGCCGAUGUCUACAUAAUUUCAUUCCGCGUCACAGUGCUCGUGGCAAAGCAAGAGCCGAGGAAUGUCAUGCUGGCGUGAGAAGAUUCUCCAGAACCUUCAAAGCUUGCAUUUGCUAAGGAGUGCUCACUUUCUCAACAUAUUCGCGAAGGCUGUGAGUAGUUCGACCCAAGAAACCACGACCUUGUUUGAAGAGUUGUUGGGCAGUCUCCGAUGUCUGGGGUCGGGUGUCAGCGUUGGAAUGGUGCUCAUGGACUAUCGGGUUCAGAUGACAGCAACCAAGGCCCUCGUCAGUGAAGUUUUUUCUACACUUGCUACGGCCAAUGCGCUGGUUGAGCUUGAGGGGGCCUUUAUGCUCCACAGCGAGCUGCAGACUCGGCAGGUGUUAUUGGGCCGGCUGUACAACCUGUAUGUCGACAACAUAACUGCAGUCCUGUGUGCCUGCCUCAAGCUGUGCAAGCAGCACUUGGAGUUCCUCGGCAUGUUGCAGCAAGCCGCAAACUUCAAGGGCGGUGAGAGCGGUGCAGCCUCCGCGCCUACCCAGUGCGUGCAUCUGAAAAUUUCACUGUCCUGGAAAUCGGACUACGAGAGGCUCUUCGACUCUGUCGUGGAACUGGUGGCGGAUUUUGAGGAACAAGUCCAGCUACAGAUAUCUGGCUAAGAAACUCCCAUGCCAACAAAAUAGAGACAAAAGAAAGAAAAAAAAAGUGAAGAGCCUUUUUUCGCGAAGCUCGUUCAAUAAACCUUGUUACACAUCAUAUGA